AUGUUUCUUUGCACACUAAAGUGCAUGGAUAUGGCUUGCCAAACGUACCCUGUCCUGGGCAUACCUGUGCUGCUCAUUUUAGCUUGCCUAGGCGCCGUGCGUGCUCUUCAGGUUACUUGCAGGAGCGCUGACUACUGCAGCACCGGAUUGCUUGCUGGUUAUGUCGGUCCUUUAGACACUGCAGAGCAAGCGAAGACUGCUUUUGACCGUACACACUACAGGCGCGAGCUUAUUAUGUUCGCUGAAACUAGGCUAGUCAAUGCCGCCUUAGUGGCCGACCGUUGUAUCCAAGCUGGUUACGGGCAUGUGUUGCCGCUUCUUGUUGAUCCUGGCGACUGUCAGCGUAUAAUUGAACUAUUCAAGCAUUACCAUGAAACGUUUCAAGGGCCUGAUGGAGUCAGGCACAAUGUGUCCUGCGGCUGGUACCGGACAACAAACGAAAACGGUGUACCGUACAAGUCCGGAUUCAAGUACCUUAAACACGAGGUCGGCGUUACGGCCUGGUGGCGUAAAUGGUUCACAGUAGCUCGUGCGGUAAUGCUGGGCUACAACGUGAUGGCGAUUGACGAGGACGUUGUCGUACUCGGGGACUGGUACGGCAUGGUUAAGAGUCCCCCGCUAUCGCAGUACACCAUGUUUAGUCAGGCGGAGUGCGCAUUCUGCAUAAACGGGGGUUUCAGCUACAUCCAGAACGCCGCCCCCAACGGCCCCGCCGCCUACCUGGUGUUCGAGGCCAUGCAGCGGGCAGUGCGCUGGGCGGAGAACGGCAGCGCGCUGUUCAGCGUCUCAAGCAGUCUGGGGAUGAAUGAAGGUCGCUACUACCAGGAAGACCAAUCGUCGCUGACGGACUCCCUGUUGAGCUGCAUGGCUGGUCGGCCGCUUUACUACAUUCUGCUAAGAGGGAUUGGAGCAGACGAGGCGGGAUGGGCCAAGCUUGGCGGUCGCAAAGCGUUCAUGGAUGCCGUGAAUGAGCUUGCCCUCAUUAAGUUCUAUCGAAAGGAGUUGCUGCUCGAGGGCCCUAUGGCGGCUAAGGUGUGGGGCGACGCCUACCCCGUCUCAUCAGACCCGCCGAGGGAAGCAAACGGGCGACUCAAGGUGACCAUCAUGACAGCCGACCUGCACAUGCCGCACAGCGGCGGCGAGUGGCCGAUGCACAUGGGAGGCUACCUGUACGGCACUCCAGGGCCCUACACCCUGUCGUACCGCAAGGCAUUCCAAGACCUGGGCGUGCCCCUGCCUCCUGACCCCGAGGACCCCGCCACUGCCGCACAGGCCCGAGCCAUCAAGCCUGAGCUGUUCGCGCUUAUAGGCCUAGUGGACAGUCGGCUAUCCCCCGACGGCCGCCAAGCCAUCCUCGGUUCCUGGCUUGAGCACAAUUGGUUCUAUCACGGGCGGGUGGGGCACUGGCACCUGCACCUGCAGCCCAAGUAUACCCAGGCAAUCGGUCACAUCCACAGUGGCCUCCACCAGGCUGAGAACGACAGGUCGCAGGCCAAGCGCAUGAUUAUGCAGCACAGCGGCCACUACAACUGGCAGCUGGCAGGGCUGGUGCACGGCGGCCCUGCGCGCGUGUUCUACGCCACAGAGGGCGAUGAGAUGGCGCGGUUCAGCUUGCAACGCGUGGUGGCGUAUGCGCCGGGCGUGCUGCACUACGGACUAUCCAAGGAGACGUUCAUCGCCGCGGUGUCCCAGCUGGCUCGUGUGGCGGUGGCGCUGCGGGCGGUGGCGGCCUGGCCGGCUGUGGACUGCUCAUCGGACUGGGUGCUGGUUAACGGCUCUCGUGGCGGCCCCAAGCCGGUGCGCCACACCAUUCCCUGGCUGCAUCUGGACACCUUUUAUACGGUGUCGCCGUUUGGGCGAUCCCUGAAUGAAUUGAAAUGCGAAUGGUCGGGCUUCCAUAACUUGGGAUGCCUAAGAAACGACGGCGGUAUGGCUCGCGGUUUGUUGGCGGUUGAGUUCGAACACUUGCUUCACAGUCGCAGGGCCGAGCAGCCCGAGAUGCCGCAUCUGGUCCUACAACUGCAGGACUCCACCAACGCCUCCUCUACACCUCCUCCUGGUGCCACCUCGGCCGGCAGCACCUCCUCCUCCUCCCCACCGUCCUCCUCUCAGGCAACCUUCCAGCGCGUCACCUACCGGCAGCUGCUGUCGUACAAUGCCGACUCGCUGCUUGCCGUACGGCACUGGGGUCAGCCGCUGUGGCUGGACCGGCUGGUGGAGGUUGUGGAGCUGCCCCAGGAGCAUGAGGCGCUGUGGCAGGGGUGGAGGAAGAGGUGCCCUCCCCUCCGAUACUAUGAGCUGGAGCCCCGUCAGAGGGAAAAGUGGUAACGCGCAGAGAAUGCGUGGAAGGGGGUUCCCCCACCACCAGCGAAGCGGUACGUCUGCUUGUUACUGACUACGUGCUAUUGCCGCUGUGGUGGGUUCCAACAGCAGCAGCCGCUGUUGUCGACGUGUUCGAAUGCGCAUACUGCUGCACAUAGAGUGCCACGUACUAUACUGUUGACGAGCAGCCCGAUGAACGAUCCCGGUGGUACCAGCUGCAACUGCUGCGCGAGUCAUUAUUCAUAGCCAUAGCGGCGUUGCUUCUUAGUGGUGCCACAGCUGCUGGUGCUUACGGAUAUAUACAUGAUUCCAGUGUCCGAAAGGUGGACGCGCGAAGAAACGGGGCUGCUGCUGCCUCGCACCGCCAGCAACAGCUGGUGGCGUACUUCAUGUCAGUCUUCUUGUGGGCGGUUGCGCUACUCCUGAAACUGGAGCCUGUCGGGUGGUAGCAUGUGCUACGGCAUAAUUUGCUGUUGGCGUGCAUUAAAAUUAUAAUUGGUUAGGGUUGGUAGGAUAAAAUUCCAGGUAUGGGACGACUUCGUGUUUGCUGCUAUUGCUGUCUACAUGGGUACACCCAGGGAUGAGCAGAAAUGUGCAUUUAAUUUCUUUAUUGAGCACUGUUGCCGGUUGUGGCGAACAAACGUCACUCUUAGGUUAAUUAGUUAAACGCGCGACUUAUUGACAAGACACGGAUUCAUCUAAUGACAACGAUACGGUGGAUGUGUCUCGCCCGUUCAUUUACGGCGCGUGUUCUCUGUUGAGCCUCUUCUUGACAACCAUGUGCACGAGACGAAUGAGCAAGCGGCUCUAUUCGUUUGUCACACAACCAUGUCCUUUUGCUGCUGUCAUACAUC